CAUGUUCUGCUUUCCCAUUGGCUCGAUGAUGUGUCCAUCACACCAGUUUACGUAAGCGUAACCAGCCACUACAAAGAUGGAGGACGAUAGCUCAGAUUUGAGCAGACCACAAAUUUACUUAUUUGGUUGUACCCUCAAAUCGGACAAACGGGAGUUCAGAGUUGACGUACAAGACGAUGAUACGGAGCAACAGCUGUCACUCAAAGCAGUGUGUCUGGGAGCCGAGGCUGAGGAUAAGUUCCACAUGGUUGAAGUCGAGGGCCUCACUUAUGAUGGAAAAACGACCAAAGUGCCACUGGUUGUCCUGAAACCGUCCAUCCUGCCCUCUAUGAGUUUAGGUGGAUUUGAGAUCACACCUCCAGUUACCUUCCGUCUCCAGUCCGGCUCUGGACCAGUUCACAUCAGCGGGCAGCAUUUUGUUAGUGUGAAGGAUUCAGAGGAUGAAGAAGAGGAGAACAACAGCUCACCAGUGAAGAGGCCUGCAAGCCUGAUGUCGGGGAUGAAGCCUCCAUUGGUAUCCACCUCAAAAAAACUGAAGAUGGAUUCUGACAAUGAUGAAGACGACAGCGACGAGGAUGAUGACGAUGAUGAAGAUGAUGACAGUGAUGAAAAUGAUGUGAAGCCUCAGAAGAAUGUUGGAAAAGAGCUCAAAAAAAGCCCAGCAUCAACACCAAAAAAGCCCAACAAGACUCCAGUGAAACAAAACGGCCCUGCAGAAAAACCAUCAGGAUCAGCAGUCAAACAACAGAUUAAGCUGAUAUAUUUUUUCAAGACACCUGCCCCAGCAAAAGACAAACCCCAGGCUGGCCCAUCUAAAUCUCCCUCUCUGCCUGAGAUUAAGAGCAAGUUGUCAACCGCAGCCAAGGAGGGAAAACCACUACCGAAGACAGAGCAGAAGUUUGAAAAUUUCGUGAGGAGUUCUUUUAAAAUCUCAGACAAAAAAGUGGUCAAGGACCUUUGGAGUUUUGUACAAACUUUGAAGAUUGAGAAGAAGUAACACUUGUACUUUGAAGCAUUUGUAUGUUUUGCAUCCUGCAAGACAUUUAAAGGUACAGUCUGCGAGAUUUCCUACUUGGCCAUAUUAUGUCAUCAGUGCUAAUUAUGAGUUGGAGUGAACAGAAGGACUGAGAAUGGGUAAAGCCAUUACUGAUUCAGGUGUCAUCGUUUUUUUAGAUGCGAAGCACCUCCUUGAGCUAGUUCGUAAUUCACUCACAAAGUCACUCAUUCACUUUUAGCAGAAGGGGUAGCUGUCCCCUUCAUCACAUUCUAUAUAGGGAAGGAAAGUAAUAGUACUAACAAUUACGACCUGCAGAUGUCUAUGUUUCCAUCCUACAGGAAAGAAAUAGCUUCUGCAAUUUUAACACUUGCGCCACCUGCAGGCAAUAAAUGUUGCACCUGCAGAUUUUUAUAGCUGCAGUAAAUAACAGAUAUGUAAAUAAUUAGGUCACAACAAAUUUUAUAAUUCAAGUAUUCAGAGCCAAAGACAAGACAGAUCCUAGUCAAGUUAGUCAUUGAUAAUCUUUUUUUUUUUUUUUGGACUCUAGGUCCUAAACACCCCCUUCAAUUUUUGAUGCUACAACAAGGAGUCGUCAAAGACAAACAUUUUCAAAUCCUACACACGAGGGCUCUUAGAAGUAAAAUAAAUCGUCAAACAGCGGCUGUAAAAAUGAAAGCAACUGCAGGUGGUUUAACUGUCAAAUUAAAGAAGCUAUUCCUUUCCUUGCCUGUAGAAGGUGAGAUUGGCAUACCUGCAUCUUACUUUUUUCACAUGUAGUUUUUGCAUUGGAGCUGCAGGUGUGAAACUGCUCGUGAUGCAGCUCUGCAAUUUGAUGAUAUUGGCUGAGCCUGGUUUCAGGUGCUUCGCAUCCAUAACACUGUGUGUCCUUGUUAAGUCAACAAUGCAAUAGGAGAUAUUGCAGAAUGUGCCUUUAAAUAUCUCUACUGUAAACUAAGAUACAUCAAGAGUCCCAAUUUAUGUGAAUUUGAGCAGUAUAUACAAGGAUGCUUAAGACAGCUGAUACAGGGGGGACAGUGACAAUAUAUUUUUUCAUCCAAGUGUUGUUUUGUUAUUUUAGGUUCGGUCUGGCUUUAUGAAGCAUUUUUUACUUGCGAAACAUGCUUACAGAUUGUACUAUGGAUUUGUUUGGCAUAAUUACUCUAUACAUAUUGUACAGAAAUUCAUCAGCAUAUGUUGAGAUAACAGUUUUUUAAAUUGUGUCACUCAGUUUGCAAGAGUUACUUGCAAACUGAAAAUCAGCAAAAAGAUUAAACUGUUAAAAAAAAGAUUGCAAUCUAGAAACGGUAAGAACCAUACAGUAUAUCUACAUGGAUGUGUGCAGUUUUAACUUGCUUGUUACAUAUCUUUACCAGUUAAUCUCUUGAGUUAAAAAGAAAUGUUUCAUCCUGUGUUUUUACCAGGAACACACCUGACAUUUCUAGAUGAGAGCAGUUUCAUUCUUUGUUUUUUUUUAAUACUUUCAAUACAAAUGUAGGUGAAUUUAUAUUAGGGUAAUCAACUUGCAGAACCUGCGCAUUUUACAAAGCUGCUGACUGUACCUGUUUCAGAAGGCAUUUUUGGAGUGUGAAUUCAUAUCAAAUCCAUUAACAUCUGUGAUAACCUGAUAGCAUAUUCAUUACAGUGAUUAUAGCCAACAAUCAUCUGUACCAAAAAUGUUCAUAAGAGCAGUACACAAAGAAUACUCAAGAGUAUUAUGAGCUCUAUAAAACCAACACAGAUGCCCCGACUAUAAUGUUUUUCUAUAAUAUACAUUAUAUACAAAAAGUUAAAAACAAGGCAAAUAGAUUAGCUAGCUCCAGGGCUAUAUUUACGACGUGGCACUAACACUGUUUUCAAUAUAUUUCAGUGUUCUCUAAUGCACUAAAAACAGAUUACAAGCCUAUGAUUUACACAGCUUAUUUUAUUUAUGACAACAUAAUGAUGAGGUAUAUAUCACAUCACAGUAACAUGGCGUCACCUUUACAGAAACCCCAUAAAGAACUCAACCCCAUAAUUGUUUGCACUCUUGAAUAUCAGUGCUCUGAUGACAAUAAGCAUACACUUGCUCUGCUUAUAACGUGUUUAUGAUCCUGUAUAAUGCCUUUUACAAGCCAAAUGUUGGCAGAUUAAUACCAUCUUUAACCAAUCAAAUUGCUUGGUUCAACCUGUUGUCUGUAAAGGUAAUUUACUUAAAUAUUACAUUUUGAAUAUCUGUAAUGUCCUCUUUGUAGCGAGGUUUCAGUAGGAGCAGGUUGCCAUCACUAGGAUUUAUUUUUGACUUGCGUAUGAGUUCGUGACGGAGUCUUUCCUUACUGAUUUUUUAAUGCUCCCCUUAAUUAACUUUUUUUUGUAAAUAAGUCUCUUGCUUUUAUUUAGAAAUACGGCAGCUGAACAAUUAUAUUUUUAAGUGUGUGCUUAAUCCGCCCUUGCUAAUAGCUGGUUUUGCAGCUUGGAUCUGUUUUGAUCUUUAUUUGAAAUGUUGUGUUCUAGUUUCGUAUAGAAGUGUUUUCUGUUGAGUAUAAAACCCCUUUUAAAAUGUUGGAAAUACUGUCCUGUUUUUGUUAACUUUUCAUUUUAGCCUUACUGUUUGGUUGUCCUGCUAUGAUUCUGUACGGAGUAAUUAAGCCAGUACCUAAAUAUGUCCAAGUGGGAAAAAAAGAGAUUGUGAUCUUUGUUGAUAACCUGAUGUAAGGUUUAGGGCUCAUUAUUUUUAAUCAUUUUUUAAUAACAAAAAUGUGGUUGAAAUUUGGUUUUCAAAAAUACAAUUUGCAACAAACACUGUAGUUUUGCUCUUUACAAUGCUGCUAGCAUGGUAAAACAUUAAGUUUAGAACAGCAUUAUAAUGUCAUUACGUUUUCUGGAUUUUGAGUAGUAGUAAAUAUCUACCAUUGUAUCCAAUUUAAGUAGUUCUGAGAUUUAUCUGUGAUCAGUCCAAUGACCCCCUCUGUAUCCCCCCCCUAAUAAUAUUGCUUUGUUUCUGUGACCUGAAAUACCUACUGUAAAACAUCAAUAUGUGGUGAGUGGCAUCUUAAGUUUGAAUUGACAAGAAACAAAGCUCGUACAUAAUUGCUGCAUAUGUCAAUGCAAAUUAAAUUGCAAUACACUGUAUUGGAGUCAAAUCUGAAUUGGUAUGAGUAGAUGACGGUUGGGCUGACUCUGUGUUGAAAGAAAGUGCAUUUUGUCCAUUUAGUCAAACUUUAUUGAUAAGUUCCUGCAUGACUGCUGAUGGUGGAUAUUCAUUCAUUCAUGGUUUGUUGAGAUGAACAUAUCCAUCCUUUUUUUUUAUCCUACCUGUAACAUUUACCUGAAUAAAGUGAAUCCCAGCUGG